AUGAUGCCAAUUCUUCAACUGUUGCACUGCUUGGCAGCAGCAGCAGCUGUGGCAGAGGCCAGCAUCCACCAUGCACCCUCCAAUUAUCCCGCCCGUCGUGAUCUCAAUGGAACGUACCCGAAGUAUCGCGUGUCGCCGAUCGACGGUACCAAGAUCGCGCUUCCUACUCAAGAUCAACUGGACUUUCAAGAUAGGGAAAUAGGCAUGCUCAUCCAUUUCGAAGUUGCGACUUAUAUAAGCAUCGACGGUUGCAACGGCGUUCCAGGACUGGUACCGAGUCCUUCUCUGUUCGACCCAACACUGCUCAACACAGAUCAAUGGAUGGACAGCAUCAGUGCCUCAGGAGCUAAAUACGCGACCUUGGUUGCCAAACAUAAUUGCGGAUUUACAACGUGGCCGAGUGCUGUGUCAUUCGAGACGAGGGACAAUACGACAAGCAGGUACAAUUACACAGUAGCGGACUCGCCAGUCAGCGGGACGGACGUCGUUCAGCAAUUCUCGGAGUCAGCUAAGAAGUAUGGUCUCGGACAUGGUUUCUACUACAGCACUGUGGUCAACAACUUUCUCAACGUUCAAAAUUCGCUUGUCAAUGCCACUUGGUCUCCUGGCGAAAUUCGGAUCACAAACGAGACGUACGAUGAUAUAGUGCUGGCUCAAUUGACCGAACUGUGGACAAACUACGGAACCUUGACCGAGCUUUGGUUUGAUGGUGGCUAUAGCGCCAGCCAGAGGGCAAAGAUUGAGGAGCUGCUCCAGGAGCUUCAGCCUCAAGCUUGCAUUUUUAACUCAUGCGAUACCGCCGGCACUUGUAUCUCUGCAAAUGCUAUCAGGUGGAUAGGCACGGAAACGGGCUUACCGAACCAAGAGAUAUGGUCAACUGGCGUUACCAAUGACGGGGGAGAUCCAUCAAGCGAAUACUUUGCGCCAGCAGAAUGUGACACAACACUGCAGACUGGUGAUCGGUGGUUCUGGGGAGAGGACCAACCACUCCGGUCUCUUGAUGAGAUGAUUGACGUCUACCAUCAAACCGUUGGUCGGAACUGCAUCCUUGAACUGGACCUCGCCCCUGAUCGCAGCGGUUUGGUCCCAGCCCGGCAUGCGGCGCGAUACAAGGAGCUCGGGGACUUUAUCCAGUCGUGUUAUGGCAGCCCUCUUCAGGUUACAAACUCUACUACCGAGGAUAGCGUGGCACUGUCUUUUGAACAUCCUACGUCCAUCGAUCGAAUCGUCAUUAUGGAAGACCAAGCCGAUGGACAAGUCAUCCGAGCUUAUGAGGUGUACGCGAAGAUCGUGGACUCUGAGGAGCAGAACGGGACUUUGGAUGUACCUUGGAGUCUUGUCUCGAACGGAAGCAGCAUUGGGCAUAAGAGGAUUGACUUGUUUGAUAAGCCUCUGACAGUGACGGGCGUGGUAGUCAACGCCACAAAGUUUGUGGAUAGUCCCAAGUGGCGGUCGGUGAAUGUCCACCUGUGUGGGUAA